CAGCUACUUAAUGUCAGGUGUGUUAAUACGCUGCAUCUUGAACCAGUUGGCUCAUUCUCCUGUCUUUUUCACGUCCACCUUUCUUCAAACGAGGGGAAAUGAGCAGCUUUGAAAGUGACCCAGUUGAAUUCAAAGUUGCGGACAGGAUCAAGAUGAUUCUUCCAGGACCAAACCGUGUAGGUACCAUGCCCAACCCAGGGUUGCAGGACCCAGGUCUGCACACUACUGGUCAGGAUCCAGGACCUCCACCUGGUCAUGUUCCUGCUCCCCCUGUGUUUUACCUGCCGCCCCCCCCUUUACCCCCGUUACUGCACUACCAGUGGCCCAUGCCCUUUUUCUGUAACCCCUUUGCUGGCCUUCCAGGCAUGGGCUACGGUAUGGCCGUGCCUCCUUUCCCCUCUCCCCUCUACAUGGAGGCUCCAACCUACAUCCUUCCACAGUCACACAUUCAAGCAGUUGACCACAGACGCUUGCUCCACCCACAGGCCCAUGCUCCAUUCACACCCCUCCAGAACCCAAACCAGCCCCGCAGAGGUCGACCUCCUCCUCCUCCUCAUGUGGUACCACGCAGAGAGACGGUGAACUGCGAGGUCCAAACGGAGCCCAUAAGUGGAACAGGCUACGGUAGUGGAGCCCUGGUCGUGAACUCAGACUCUGGUCAUGGGACGGCUUCGAACUCUUCAUCUUCAAGCUCCAGUUCCACGAAAAAAGUUCCAGACGACAUCCAGAAAUACCCACCAUCGAGCAACGCGGACGACUUUCAGUUCAACAGGAAUCUCACCAGCACAACUGUCAAACAUCACAAAUGUACAACCAGAGCCCAGCCCCACAGCAGAGCCACCGUGGAAACGCAGCAGAGCUGUAACGGCAGACUGGGUCAGGAGAAGAUUCUGUCCUGCAGGAAUGGUCACUGCGACAUGUGGUCGGUGAGUUCUCAGGACAGUAUCAUCCCCAUCUGCAGCUCCUUCCAGCAGGAGAGCGAGGCUGCUAAAGAGAGACGAGGCUCCAUCCCUGACAUCUUGAUGAGCUGGGGGGGUCCCACUCCACAAUCCACACAACCAAAGCCUCAGUGUGAACAAUGGCAGCUUUCCUCCAAAACUGAAAAGUCACUUUGUCAGAACACGGUAGAGAUCCAGGCCGAUCCACUGGUCGCACACAGUCCUGGCUCGCCGUACGCUCAGCACGUCUUCAGUUCUACAGAGACUGACGCUCUUUUCAAGAUAGUCAAACUGCCUGCACCGCUCUGUGAUCUUCUCUCAGACACCACAGGAGAAGAGCAGCUGCUGGACUCGAAUGGUUCUUUAAAGCACUGCCCUCCCUGCACAGCUGAGCUGUUUGAUUCAUGUAAUGAUGAGAGGACCAUGGAGAGAGAGGCGGAGGUCAUUUCUUCUCAGAUAACUUUAAGCAGCUGUCUGUCAAAGGGGAAAACCAACGAGUCCAUUUGGUCUGUGGAGUCUCUAGCCCCCUACAUUCCCUCAAAGGGAUGGCUGCUGCAAAACGGCAUGACUGAGCCAGAUGUAAUUGCAGAGGAACCAGAAAGUUGCCAAGGACUACGGGACUCAGACAUGGAGCGUCAUUUCAUCUUCAGAUCUCCUGGGGGACAGAGUCCAGUGAAGAAGACGGACUCAGAAAAUGAAGGCUAUGCUUUUAAGAUAAUAAAGAAGAAACAGGCCAAUCAGAACCAUCGAUCGUCUCCUGAGACCCGUGGAGAUGAAAGUCCACUCACGUCAGAGCAGGUGGACGACAAAAGGUCUUCUGAACCAGAGGCUUAUCAAAGCCCAAACCAGGAAUUGUUGAUUUUAAAAAGAAUUCAGGAAAGUAUUCAGCAGUUUUCUGAGGAGGAAGGAACUGAUGUGCUGAGCACGGCAACAGAGGAGGGAAGCUUGGCCUCGGACCACCAGGAGGAAGAGGUCGCUCAGGACGCUGAAAACGUCUGUUCUGUCAGAAAUGAACAGCUGUGUGUCCCAGUGGCUGAGGAUGAGAUGGAUGUGAUGCUGCUGAAGAACAGAAGAGGGCGUUUGGUGGACCUGGGAGUCCAGUGUGAGAAUGUGGGAUGUUUCUGUGGAAAAGCCAAAGGCAGCGGAAAGCCCGUGGGAAGGCCUCUGCUCCCCUCUUCAGACUUGAAGAAGGGAAGUAAAGAAAGGGAUGACGGUGGCGUGAGUGGACACGUGCAGAGGAAACUGAAGUACAAUCAUCAGGGGAAGAUCAGGGGAGGCACAGGAAACCGCAGCAGCAAGCAGAGGGGGCUAAGUGGAUUCUAUAGCAAACCUGGGAAAACUCAAGGUGCAACAAGAAGGACUCCCCAGUGCUGAUCAUUAUUUUAUCCAGGAGAUUCUCUUUUUAAAAUAAAUUUAUAAAAUUGUUACAUGUAAUAUUUUUCAAUAAAUAUAUUUAAAUGUUA